AAUUAUCCCAUUUGAACACAAAACUUUCCCUUCUGUGGAUUAACUAUCUCAAACCAGGUUUAACUGUGUGUGGAUUUCAACACUACAGACUCACCCAGAAGGUGCCAGUGGAAGAGAAGAGCGAUGAAGACUUUAUCCCUCCUCUUCCUCCUCCUCCUCCUCCUCGCCUCGGGAGCCUGUGACGGCGUCAAGUACAUCUCCAAGAGGAACUCAGUGGAUGGAUGCAUAGACUGGUCAGUGGAUCUGAAGAAGUACCAUGUUCUGGCCGGUGAGCCUGUUCGGGUGAAAUGUGCCUUGUUCUACAGCUACAUCCGAACCAACUACACCAUGGCCACCAACGCCAAGCUGCGCCUCAUCUGGUACAAGAACAAAGGCGAUGCAGAGGAGCCGAUCAUCUUCUCGGGUCAUAGGCUGAGUAAAGAAGACGACUCCAUCUGGUUCAGAUCUGCCGAAAUGGAAGAUAAUGGAUUCUACACCUGUGUACUAAGGAACUCCACAUACUGCAUGAAAGUAUCCAUGUCGAUGACUGUGGAGGAAAAUGAUGAGGGGAAAUGCUUCAGCAGCAAAAUCCGCCAUCUGAAGAAGGCUGAGAUUACCCACAGCAAAAUGAUCACCUGUCCCGAUAUAGAAGACUAUUUGGCUCCAUACAAGCAACCGGUGAUGACCUGGUAUAAGGAGUGUGAGCGAGUUGAAUGGAGAAGCUCCAUCACAGUUAACACUACACACAUCUGGAUUCCUGAGGUGGAGGAAGGCGAUGGGGGAAAUUACACCUGUGAGUUACAGUAUGGAUCCAGACUGGUGCGGCGGACAACACAACUCAAAGUCACAGCUCUCCAGACCACUCAGCCUCCCAAGGUCCUUUUUCCCCCGGCGAGACAAGACACAGCGAUAGAAAUCACACCUGGUAUGCCUCUAAGUCUGGACUGCAAGGCUUUUUUUGGCUACAGCGGAGAAAACAGAGAGCCCAUUAUCUACUGGAUGAAAGGAGAAAAGUUUGUCGAAGAACUCGCUGGACACAUUAAAGAAAGUGAAGUCAGGAUUUUACGGGAGCAUUUAGGUGAGAAGGAGGUGCAGCUAUCCUUAACGUUCGAUGCUGUGGAGGAGGCAGACCUGGCCAACUACACCUGUUAUGCGGAGAACCACAUAGGGAAGGGCAGCGGGAGUGCUAUACUGCAGAAGAAAGAUAUGUAUCGCCUGGAGCUGGCUGGUGGUCUGGGGGUCAUAUUGUUGCUGUUGGGAGUAUUGACGGCACUUUAUAAGUGUUACAACCUGGAGAUCAUGCUCUGCUACAGGCGACACUUUGGGAGUGAUGAAACCGAAGACGAUAAUAAGGAGUAUGACGCCUAUCUGUCCUAUACUAAAGUGGACCUUGACUCUUUGGGCAGCAGGGCGAGCAGCGACGAGGAAACAUUUGCUUUAGAGAUCCUGCCGGAUGUUUUGGAGAAGCAUUAUGGUUACAAGCUGUUUAUACCAGACAGAGAUCUAAUACCCAGCAGUACCUUCACUUUAUCUCCAUAUCUGUGUCUCCCAGCCUACAUUGAGGAUUUGGCUCGUAGCGUUGAACAGAGCAGACGUCUGAUCAUCGUUCUGACGCCGGAGUUUGUCGCCAAAAGAGGGUGGAGCAUCUUCCAGAUAGAGACACGCCUCCACUCGAUGCUGGUUACCGGGGAGAUCAAGGUGAUCAUGAUAGAGUGCGCAGACCUGAAGAAUGUCAUGAACUACCAAGAGGUGGAAGCGCUUAAGCAUACAAUCAAGGUUUUAUCCAUUAUCAAGUGGAGGGGUCCUAAGAGCAAUGAGCUGUCAUCUAAGUUCUGGAAACAGGUGGUUUACGAGAUGCCCUCGAAACGCAGAGAGACGUUAUCCAGACGCCAGGUGAUGGACUCCGGCGAGCAGGGCCUCUUUGGUGACCUACAGACCACUGUCUCCACCAUUGCCAUGACGACCACCUCCGCUUCACUGGCGCCCCCUAACGAGAGUCGGCAUGGACAUCAUCAGGUUGCCUUAGCGACAGAGAUACCCGACUACAACCAGAUGACCUUGCCACUCGGUGGCGGUCACACUGCUACAGCUGCCCAAAUGAGACAUUUCUGCCGCAGCUAUGAGUUCCAACUUCCUCCACAGCCCUCCUCCAUGUCGCCUCCACUCCCACCUCCCUCCACCGUGCAGUUCUCCACUCUGGGCCCCGGUGGACGUCAUGUCUAUUGCAACAUCCCCAUGACACUGCUGAAUGGACAGGGGUUCAGAGCAGUUCACUGGGGAACAAGAGGUGCCUCAGAGCAGUACUCUUGGGAAAAAGCCAGAACUCCAUCUGAACAGCAGCUUUGUACCACUCACCAGCAGAGAACUAAGCUCUGACAUCUGGUAGAAGGACAGCUCAACUGGUACUGGAUUACAGACCGGUUUACAGACUGCUUUUACACUGGCUUUGGACAUGGGGUAGACUGGACAUAGGUUGGUCGACUGGUUUUCGUUGGGUUUCCGGACUUUGUACAGCCUUGGUUUCCAGGAGGGACUGCCUGCAGACUAGUUGUGUGACACACUUCGUCCCAUCAAAGGACUGCUUGAAGACUGUAUAAGCCUUGGAUUCAUAAUGGUUGGGUACACUGUCUGCAGACAAUUUACAGAUGGAUGGACUCCGAUUGCAAAGCGAUUGUAUGCUGUUUUGGACCUACCAAUUGGUUACAGACUGAUACAAAAUGUAGAUGUGUAGCCAUGACCAUUGGGAAGGAGCUCUAGUAUACAACAUGACUGGUCAUACACAUUUGACUGGUGCAGAGAGUUUGUAGACAGGUAUGGACACAUGGAUGUAAUGAACUGGAAAGGUCAACAAUCCAGGAUACUUAAACAGUAAGUAGAUAUCUGCAGACAGGAGUACUCCAUUUGUCAAACAACCAAGUUGGAAUUCGGAGCACAAAAAAAAAAGUAGUAUCUCGUAAUCGCAGUCUGCUCGCACACCAGCUGUGUACCCUGAAAACCAGUGGAUUUGUCAGCUCAACUACUCGGAAAUAUCGGUCGACUGAAAAACAAAAGUAGCGUGAUCUCAGAAUGCCGGUGGAUCAGAGUUUUCAGUAUAUCGAUCUACCUUUUGACUAGGUGGCUUGUCAGUAAAGGAGGCAGACUUCAAGCAAUGAUUCUGGAAUACCAGUCCACCUUAAAACAACAAGUCAACCUCUUGAAAUAUUAUUCCUGGUUAGCUAGCCAGCUAGCCGGCCAGUUUGGUUCUUAGAGGUGCAAAGGGUUGACUUAAACGAAUGGAUUCCACCAAGAAUAUCAAGAUGCAUAAAGCAGUUGCUAAACUGAGAAAGCACAGUUAGCGGGCGUGUAUGGAAACAAAGCUAGUUGUUCAAACUAGCCUAUGACUAAAAGGCUAGUUACUUCUUGAGCUAGGAGGAUGCUUAAAGGCACCACGAGACUGAAAACCAGCUCAUCACCUUGUAACCCAGUAAUCAGCAACUAGUCAACUCAUCAAGAGGUGAACUGGCCAAGAGGUUACCUACCAACCUUUACCAUCAAACUAAAAGCAUAAAGGACUUGGCUUUUUCUAUUUGCAUGACCACCAAUUUAGAUAUAAAAAAAAAACAACUAAAUAAAUGAAAUAAAUAGAUAAAAGAGAAAUUUCUCGCAGCCUCCUUUAAUUACGGAGGUGAAUAAACGUCUUAUGUUGAUAUGGUAUAUUUGUUUUUUUGUCGAGCCAUGAAGUAAUGAUAAAAACUGAUAAAGGGAAAAAAGGAGGUGUCCCUCCAAAAACAUUUUUAUUAUUUAUUUUAUUUUUAUCGUUUUAUUUAAGAGUUUCAUCCUUUGAGGAGGUUGCUGAGAAUUUUUACCAGGCUUUGUUUUUAAUGUCUGUUUGUUUGUUUGUUUGUUUUAAUAAUCUCUGUACAGCUCCCAUAACUUAUGCAUAGACCUAUACAUAACAGUGAUUUGUUCCCUACAAUUUCUGUUAACACCCACAUUAAGUGUGAGACCCAGAGCCCCUUUUUUGCUUUCAUUCUGUCCCUCUUUUCAUGGAUGGAUGGAUGGACGGAUGGAUGGAUGUUCAUGGCAGUGCAACUCUGCUAGUGGACUGAUGUUUUGAGCCUGUCACUCUGGAAUCGAGACCACUACCAGUCAGCCAAAGGGGGCUUCACUGCAUACAAAGCCGGACUCCAAGCUGAACCAGACCACAUUCUUCUUUGUGAGCUUUAAGAAACCAAGAUUAUUACCAUAAUAUUUAAGCAAAGUGAAUAAUGUUUUGAAUUUACACAAAGGUACUGUCAUUGUCUUAUUAGAACCAAUGAAUUCUGGAUAUUUGAGAUUGUUUGAUACAAUAAUUAAUUAUUUGAGUUGUUAUAUUCAAUGGCAAUAUACAGUAUAGUGGUUGUCUUUUGAUUUCUGCUGAUUUCUUUGACUAUUCUUUGGAUAUAUGAAAUAAUUUAACUA